AUGAAACGAUUGCUCAGCUUCUUCGAACCCGACAUGACGGUUCUGGUUCUUCCCAAUGAGUGUUUGAUCCUCGAAGAUAAGUGUGAUCGGGAUUGGAUGAGGGAUUUUUGGGUCCCACAUUUGGAUGUAGCCGUUGAGUGUAAAACAAAGCAAAAGGAUAUGCUCACUGGAAGGACAGUGAUGAUUAAGGUCGCAGACGACAGGCAGCUAGGCCAACUCGAUGACGGCUGGGCUGAGAGCAUACCAUAUUUGGAACAUUUCGAUUACAAGAGGUACGCUAUCGAUGUGCCGUCUUAA